GUUUACGCAAAAUGAGAAAACAAAAACCCUAAUUCACAACGACCCACCUCUAAUGUGUUUGGCAACAGGGCUCACAUUCACCGGCACUCGGAAUCCCAAUGAAUGUGGUUACAAUACCAAAACACAAUCAACGGAGCUUCCUAAUUAAACCUAUCCCCCAGCGACGCAACACAAACACAAGACUUAUAAUUGUAAUUUCCAAGAAAAGGUAGACAAGAUUGCUAGGAAUAGACAGAGAAGAAGGAAAUUUUGCAUCUCUCUAAACUGUUUUUCAAGAGGUUGCAAAGGAGGCCUUGAAUUAUGUGGAGAUGAUUUUAUUAGGAACCGAAUGAUGAGGGAAUGUUCCUGAAUGGGUAUGCUGAAACGUCUGGGUGAUGCUAAGCUUAUUCAACGUAGAACAUGUAUUUUUCAGAAAAAAAUAAAAUUUAUGGUCUGUGGUUAUUGUUACUGUGGUGAUGGUUUUGGAGAUGGCUUUAUGUAAUGCAGAAUCAAGUUCAUUUAUGGCCGAGAGGAAAAGGAAAAGGGGGAAUGGGGAGCAUAAUGCUUUGUGUAAUAAUAAUGAUAGAAGUCACAAUUGUUCAGAGGACACUUCUUUUGUGCAGGAGAUUCCACUGGAAACAGAUUCACAUGUAGACUCUACAGUCAAUAUUAGCUUGGAGUCUGGCUUGACAGAGGCGCUUUCUAAUUCCAAUUCGAAUUGUUUGAAGAAGAAAAAUAAAAAAAGGAAGAAGAAGAUCAUGAUUAAUGCACCUAAAACUGGUAAUACAGAUGUUGAUCUUCAGGGUUUUACUUCUGAAGCAAUGAUUACUCCCUUCAGAACAGAGGCUCCUGUUGAUGUAAGCAUGAAGAAGGUUUCUGAAACUUCUCCGUUUGAAGUAGAUGUUAUCGUUGAUACGAGCACAAAGAUGGAUUUGGUGGCUACUACUGUUAAAGUAGGGAGCUUCUUGAAUAAUAAUAAUAAUGAUACAAGUCAUAAUUGUCCCGAGGGAGCUUCUUUAAUGCAGGGUCUUCCACUGGGUAGAGAUUCAUAUGUAGAAUCCACGGUCAAACUUGGUUCAGAGUCUGGUUUGAUGGAGGCACAAUCUAAUUCCAAUUUUGAUUGUUUGCAUAAUGAGAAAAAGAAAAAGAGGCCGAAGAAGAAAAAGAGGCAUAAUGCUCCUAAAAGUGAUGAUAUAGAUGCUAAUCUUCAGGAAGUUACUUCUGAAACUAUAACUGCUCCCUUAUUAACAGAAGCUUCUGUUGAUGUGAGCAUAAAGAAGGUUCCUGAAACUGCUCCCAGUAAAGUGGAGGUUAUGUGUGAUACAAGCCCAAAGAUGGAUUUGGUGGCUACUGGAAUAUUAAAUUAG